GUCAAUCACCAAGUAGCCGGCACUGGGCAGCGCACCAGCGGCGUUGAUGCAGCUGCCAAGAUGGCGGACGGAUACGGGAGGUGUUCGUCACUUGAUCUGAGCUGAAAAGUGACUUAAACAGAAAAAAGGAUCUGUUUUUAAACCUAGCUCCUGCGGAUGGUCCCGGAUGAUAGGCGGCAGGAACACGGCCGCCGUUUAAGCUGAGUGCAUUGUGAUUUCCAAUAAUUGAGACAGUGAUUCUAAAAAGCUGUCUACAUUAAUGAAAAGAACAAUGUAGUCAGCUUAGCGUAUUCAACACUGUACGUGACCAGUAGACAACACGUGUGUGUGUUUUGAUGAAUGGAGUUUAGCUUUGCAUGACACAAUAUUAGUCUAUACUGACAGUUUACGGUUAUUGUUCCUCUAGUGUUUUCAUCAUUUUGAGGUAUAAUAUUAGUUGUUUAAGCUGGGGAUGGAGACGAAACAGCCCCUACCUCCGCUACCUUUAGAAGCACCUGAGGCUGAGAAUGUGGAGAUCCUUAGCCUUACAGCACCUCCUCCACCUCCCCUGCAAACGUCCAGUGACGCAGAGGAAAUGGACGUUAGCUCUGGUGGUGAUGGACACACGCACACCCCAGUAGAGGACACGGAGUCCGCCAGCACGUUGUCGCUGCUCCUCACCAAGGGCUCGGUGUCCUUCAGCAGCCGUCUCCCAGAAGAGGGUGAGGCUGGCUCUCCCAGCCCCAGAACGGGCCGUCACGCGCCUCCUGUCACAAAGUUCCUCCCCGACCCCAAGUUGCUGAGGGACGUCAAGAUCAGCGUGAGCUUCACGGAGAGCAGCAGGAGCAAAGAUAGGACAGUGCAGUACACAGGGGUAGGCGAGGUCGCGGUCAGCCACGCUUCCGCGCAGGGUUCGAAUGGUGAGUUGCAUGAGGCCCCCGAGGCGGGAGCCGUCGGCGGGGAGGGCGUCAGUGCCGGCAGGCAGGGUGAGGAUGCGGACUCCGAGCUAGAGAACAGAGUGGAGUUUGCGGUUCUGGAUGAGCUUGAGGACUUGACUCCGAAUUUUCUGGAGGCUGAAGAUGGAGAGCAGGGCGGGUUCAGAUCUGAAGUCAUAGUUCAGCGGGAGCAAGCAGACAAUGAGGGCCUCGAUUACUCCUAUGAGGAGGACUUUGACAACGAUGUGGACGCCUUGCUGGAAGAGGGUAUGCCUGUUCCUAAGAAGAUGCGCCUCUCAGAGGACAAGUACGUGGGCGACAGUGACCACCAGUCUGAUGGGGAAGCCGGCGUCCAGCCCAUGAUGACCAAGAUCAAAACCGUGCUUAAGAGUCGCGGGCGUCCUCCGACGGAGCCGCUUCCUGAUGGCUGGAUCAUGACAUUCCAUAACUCUGGUGUUCCAGUCUACCUCCACAGGGAAACUAGAGUAGUAACAUGGUCCCGGCCUUACUUUUUGGGAACAGGAAGUAUCAGGAAACACGACCCCCCAGUCAGCAGUAUUCCCUGCCUGCACUACAAGAGGAUGAAGGAACAUGAAGAGAGGGAGCAGAACGGGGCCACGAGCCCUGACAGGGCGAAGGGCACAGACCCAGCAGAAGGGGCAAAGGAGCCGGACUCUGUGGCCCCAGAAGAUGCUUCUGCCGGGGCCUUGGGGGGCAACGGCGAAGGGGCCACGGUUGUUGGGAGUCUCCCCCCUGGGGAGAAGGAGCCACAGGCCUGUGAGGUGGCGCAGGGAGCACUGGGCCAGGUGAAGGCCAAGGUGGAAGUGUGCAAGGAUGAGUCUGUGGAAAUUGAAGAGUUCCGGCACUAUUUGGAAAAGUGCUUCGAUUUUGAGCAAGUGACCGUGAAGAAGUUCCGUACUUGGGCUGAGAGGCGGCAGUUCAACAGGGAGCUGAAGAGGAAGCAGGCCGAGUCGGAGCGGCCCAUCCUGCCCGCUAACCAGAAGCUCAUCACGCUCUCCGUGCAAGACGCCCCCACUAAGAAAGAGUUCGUCAUCAAUCCGAAUGGAAAGUCUGAAGUGUGCAUACUUCAUGAAUAUAUGCAACGUGUCCUCAAAGUUCGACCUGUUUACAACUUUUUUGAAUGUGAAAACCCAAGUGAGCCCUUCGGAGCUUCCGUCGUCAUUGAUGGAGUGACAUACGGGACGGGCACAGCUAGCAGUAAAAAACUGGCGAAGAAUAAAGCUGCACGAGCAACGCUGGAGAUCCUCAUCCCAGACUUCGUGAAGCAGACAUCCGAGGAGAAGCCGAUUGAAGGAGAUGAAUUAGAGUAUUUUAAUCAUAUCAGUAUUGAAGACUCAAGGGUGUACGAGCUAACCAACAAGGCCGGUUUACUGUCCCCGUAUCAGAUUCUUCACGAGUGCCUUAAGAGGAACCAUGGGAUGGGUGACACCAGCAUCAAGUUCGAGGUGGUCCCGGGAAAGAACCAGAAGAGCGAGUACAUCAUGACCUGUGGGAAGCAUACCGUGCGUGGCUGGUGUAAGAAUAAGCGUGUGGGGAAGCAGCUGGCCUCACAGAAGAUCCUGCAGAUGCUGCACCCCCACGUGAAAAAUUGGGGCUCCCUGCUGCGCAUGUAUGGCCGGGAGGGCAGCAAGAUGGUGAAGAAGGAGAAUUCGGAUAAAAGUGUCAUUGAACUCCAGCAGUAUGCUAAAAAAAACAAGCCUAACCUUCACAUCCUGAACAAACUGCAAGAGGAGAUGAAGAAGCUGGCCAAGGAGAGGGAGGAGACCAGGAGGAAGCCAAAAAUAACCAUCAUGGAGUCGGCUCAGCCUGGGAGUGAACCGCUGUGCACCGUGGAUGUUUAGCCAGGCGCUCCCAGCCAGUAUAUGCCGCGCUUAGCAGUGGUACCGCUGGAGAGUACGAAAGCCCAUCACGUUUACGUGAGCCCAGCACGGCCGGCCACGGCGCAGUGGCAGCAGAGCUGGAGCCGCCCCCUUCCGCAGAACCGUUGCCAACUCCUUAGUUUCACCUGUGUGUCGCUUUCAGCGUCAUUCUGAAAUGUCAUCAGCAUCAGCUUAGUCAUACUUCAGCUCUCCAUCAGCUCUUGUUCAUGUUGUCCUCCAUUGACCUACAGUGUAAUCUGGAGUGCUAAGAGAUUUUAUAUUAAUUGGUGGGAAGCCAAAAUAUUCCUAAUUAUUGAAGUUUUUUAAUAUUCUGGAAAAAUCUUAAAUUUUGAUGACGCAUGUCUUUAAAAAUGAACAUUGCUUGAUGCUUGUCAGUCCGCAUGAGGCACCCCCCACUACACUUGUAGCGAUGGAUCUGAAGGUCGUCUGGACCUGGAAUCAUGCUAGCGGUUUGUUGGCUGUCACUGAAGGUUCUCCAUCUGGCUUUCUCCUAGCAUAGCAUCUUUGGAGCACAAUCUGUUUACCAGUCGCUGGUACAUGCGCUUGUCAUGGCUGCUGCUGUAUAUAGUUCCUGUUGUGUAUGUUUAAAUAUGGCUAUGAGAAACUGCUGUUUUGCCUUUGGAUCGACCAGCUGUAGCACCCACCACCAAUAAACCUUUGGCAUUAGCAGUAGAGAUGACACCACAGUCCUUUCCAGUGCUGCUGAAAUGUUUUCUCAUUUUAUGGGUUGUUUUAUUCCUUGGUCCUACAACCCAUAAACACAAUGGUUGAGAGCACAGUAGUCUGAACAAGGGCAUAGUUUAUUCAUAUCAGAUUUUUUAUUCUACUAACCAAUUAUACGCCCAAGUUUUCUUGCAUUUAACCAUUUGUUUUUAAUAUAUCUAGAUACCACUAAAAGUUGAUGCUGUGUAGAUUUCAGUGUUUUGGAAACCAACAUUUUGAUUUCGUAUUUUUUUUUUUUUGUUGCUUUAAAUAGAAGUUGGUCUGUUUAAAUUGUGAUUAGUUGCUUUUAAACUUGAACCUACUAAAAGAAGCUCUUAAUGUCUGCUGUGUGGGUGCGAGGAAGGUGUGUGCGAUUGAUUAGUGAUGGUGAUGUUCUGACAAAACAGCCUUGUAGUUUGUGCUGAUUGUCGUGUCAGUCAUUAGAUUUAUAUGCAGUCCCUGUAACAGUGCGUGCAGAUUGUGAACAUUUAUAUAGGACAUUGGAAAAUUAAAUUUCUACUAAAAUGAAGGAAUCUCUUACCUCGAACAAAAUGUCAGUCCAACAGUUGACGUGUGAACCAAAGUGUGUAAAUAUACGCUCUUAUGCAUUUUUAUAAAGUAAUACUGUAGACUGCUGCAUAAAAUCCAGAUUAGACAGAAGACGCAAUAAGUGCUGGAUCUGAAACUGCUGUGGAGUGUCGCCAUGUGUGAAGUGUUCUUGUGUGCUUGUUGUCCGCGUAUGCAGCGUUUGCUACUUGUCCGGCGGAAGAGAGCUCCCUAAAGAAUGUGCUUUUCAUGUUGCCUGUCUGGAGGGAAGGUUCUCCUUUUUGUUUCAUGAAACGUGUUGAUCGGCAUAAACUGACUUGUGGGGUGGGGGGAUGGUGUGUCUUAUGGCUGUGGAGAGUAAUGCGCUGACGAUCACGCUAAGAUGGAGCACAUCCUGUCAUGUGACUUAAGGUGACUUCCCAGUGAAAUGUUUAUGCAAAUAAAACUUGUCUCGAACAACA